GAUCGUCUUCUCCAACGCUCAAGGUGCAAGGAGACAACUGGAGGUGCGAGGACGUCUAUCCUCUUUAUGGACUCACGCUAGACGAGUUCACUGCACAGAACAAUGCCGUGGACUGCUCGACUGCCCUCACCCGGGGUCAAACGCUCAACGUGAGUGAGAGGGACGACUUGACCUCCUGCUCUGUCUUCUACUACAUUCAGAAGGGCGACACAUGCGAGUCAGUGGCAGCCUCUCUCGCCAUCUCCUCUCUAUCCCUUGAGAACCUCAACCCCGGCGUUGACUGCUCCUCACCCCUGCCCCCGUCGCGCUCCCUCUGCAUCGAGCGGGAAGAUGGGGCGGAUGAUGGAAGCGGGGAGUACUGCAAUACAGUGUACUCGGUCAGCGGCACGAGCAGCUGUGCGCAGGUGGUCAAGGACUUUGAGUUCUCUUCCUUGCUGGAGCUCUACCGCCUGAACCCAGGGCUCGUGUGCUACAGCUCACUAACUGCCAGUCUGGGGGUGAGUCAGAGGAGGCUGAGCAUUGCCGGUUUGUUAUCGGAAGAAUUGCUUCUUAUUUUGUUGUUGACCAUGCAGCGCCAUCUCUCCGCAUCUCAAUCACAGCCUUCCUGA